AUGGCGUGGCCUAAGGAAGUAGUAGAAAUGGCCGUGAAGCUUGGAUACGUGAUUGGCGUGCGAAGCUUGGAGACCCGUCAAGAGUGUGAACGAGUGGUACUGCCAGUGCCAUUCGUCCGGAUGUUCCCUCGAUUCGUAUACAUGGUUGAGCAGUAUGUUUUCCAUAUGGAGCAGGUUCUGCUUGAGAUCAACACGUGCCUGGGGGAGACUCACAACACUAACAAGCUGAAUACUGCAAAACAUGCAUUCGACAACGAGGGAUUCGAUAUGGGAAAAUGUAUCACUGAGGAGAACAAACUCUCGAUGGUGACAGAGCGGGCAAAGUAUGCCACGCGCUUGGUCCGGAAAUUCCUCAUCCGUCUCGGGGCUGAGGACCCUCGCAGAAGGAAAUUCAAGCCAGGGGUGUUGCCACUGUCUGGCGCCGAGCUUCAAUUGAUCCAUCAAAACAACUUUCACUUCGCUCCCAUGGCAAACCUGAUGGCCAUGGACUAUGUCGCUGCCUUUGGAGUCGGGGUGAUUGAGGAAGUCCGACUUCGCAAUGAUUUCAUCAGGAAUGGGGAUAUUCUGAAGUACCCAGGGAGGGUCGCCGGAGGAGAGCCUUGGAUGUUCCAGCUGGAGGGUUACUUCUGGCAGUACGCACAAGAAUUACGGCCUGAGCUUCUGGCGAUCGCGAAUCCACUCAACCGCAUCUCGAGCAGCGGACCACCCGAGCGCUUGAGGCCACCAGUGGAGUAUACCGAAGCCUUGGUCUUCACCGCCCAGCUCGCCCGCAACGGCUUCUGCACACCUAACACGGGCCUCCUGAAGGUCGAUGCCGUAUUCCAGCGCUCUAAGCAGUCAUGGUCGGACCGUAUAUCUUCGGAGCGGUGCUUCAUCGGAAGAGUACGACCCGGCGACUUCUUCAUCCAGAUCAUGCGAUGCAAGGGCACCGCUGGUGGCCAGGAGGGCGAUUUCGGCAACUAUGUGGAUUGGCGCAUCCGCUUCCAGGGCGUGCUCUUGAAGGGCGACCUUUUGACUCCGGAGUUUAGCGGCGUCGGCGGUAACGUUUUCACGAGCGGCAGUAUGCUGACCGCUGCCACAAUGUCUGGCGCUGCCGUAGCCGCAGGCAUCACCAGCGGUGCCGCCGUAGAGGCGCUCGCCCCGAUGGUGCUGAACUCCUCGAUCGCUGGGACCGUGCUCUUCGCUGGUGCUUCGGUUGCGCCCAUGGUUGGCAUCGGGGCCGCGGCGUUCCUGACCACGGGCGGAGGCUUCAAGGAGGUCUGCCAGGCCCUCCUGGCGCAGCUGUCGAGCCACGGCGUCGUUUCCAGCAGCGGUUGGGCGGAGCCGCCGCACCUGGGCCUCAACAUCAACGUUGCCCUCGUGACGUGGGGCGCCGUGGUCUACAGGCUGAAGUCGGUCAAGAUCAAGACCGGCGACGGAAUCUAUCAGGAUCGCGUCAAGUCGCAGAAGUUUACCUCGCUGCACUUCGAGAGCUGGAACCGCGCAGAGUUAUCCCCCGUGGUUCCGUUCGUCGGCUCGGUGGAGCUCUAUGGCAAGGUCGAGCUGGACUGGGAUCUCACGCCGUGGGUCGAGCGGAUGAUCAAUAGACGAAAAUUCCUCGAGAACAAACAGCGCCAGGAGAAGUGCGUCUCAUGCUUGAAGGCUGGCAAAGCAUUUUGCGACUGGAGGAAGCCGCUGGAAUCCAUCUGGGACGAAACUUACGACGUGUGCGUGGAUCACAGCAGUACCGAAGAGCAGACUUGCGAGCGUGACAUCGGUAUGGUCGACGACGUUGGGGAUGUCGUCACAGCUGAGUAUUUCUCGCCGAAGCUCGGCAGCGCGGCUUGCAUGGAGAUAGACUUUGUGCGGGCCAACCGCGAAUUCCGCCUCAACGAUCUGAUGCGGCGCUUCUUUCGCCGCCAUUAG